GUCACUUCGACCGAACUAGGUGUCACCGUUUUCACUGAUGUUUGGAGGGCUCUCAUGUUUUGCCUGAUAUGUUGUUAUUUUGAACAAAGGGAAUCCUUUUAACGACUUCCAAUUCAUCAUACCAUCCAGCCUGUUUGCUGUGCCCUAUUUGAGGGGCCUGAUGCUGGCUUGGUUGGUACCGGAUCAUUAAACAACCUUCACAUCUUCAUCAUAGCAGGAACCAGAUAAAGAGCUGCAGUAAUCAUGCCGCUGUUUGGUCGGUCUACCAAGAGUCCUUCAGAAUUGAUUGGAUCUCUCAAAUCUAGUACUGCGACUCUAAAGAAUCACACUUCUGGCAAAAAAUGUGAAAAGGCUAUUGAGGAUAUUGGAAAGACCUUGUCCCAAGUGAAGAACAGUCUGUUUGGUCAAGAUGGUCAAGACCCCCAGCCAGAGGUCGUGAGUCAGAUCGCUAAUGGUCUAUAUGAAAUAGAGCUACUUCAUGACCUUGUCAAAGCCAUGCCAAAACUAGAAUUUGAGGCAAAGAAAGAUUUGGUACAGAUCUUCAACAACAUGCUCCGACGUCAGUUUGGUUCGAGGACUCCAACUGUUGAUUUUAUCACCAACCAAGAUCCAGAAAUACUUCAGACGUUAAUAAAAGGCUAUGAGAAUAAAGACUGCGCAUUGAACUGUGGAUUAAUACUGAGAGAAUGCAUACGUUAUGAGGCUCUAGCCAAGCUCAUCCUCAACUCUCCAAUCUUCUUCAAUUUCUUUGAGUACGUUGAGAUGUCAACGUUUGAUGUCGCUUCAGAUGCCUUCUCUUCCUUUAAGGAACUAUUAACAAGACACAAAUUAGUAGCUGCUGAAUUUCUAGAGAAGAACUACGACACAGUCUUUGAUAAAUACAAAGUGCUACUCAACUCUGAUAACUAUGUGACAAAGAGACAGUCACUCAAACUCCUGGGAGAACUGUUGCUUGACAGACAUAAUUUCACAUCAAUGACGAGAUAUAUUAGCAACCCGGAGAACCUGAAACUCAUGAUGAACAUGCUUAGGGAUAAGAGCCGAAAUAUCCAGUUUGAAGCUUUUCAUGUAUUUAAGGUAUUUGUAGCUAACCCUAACAAGACCCAACCCAUCCUUGACAUCCUAUUAAAGAACAAAGAGAAGCUGGUUGAGUUCCUUACAAACUUCCACACCGACAGGACGGAGGAUGAGCAAUUCAACGACGAGAAGAAUUAUCUCAUAAAGCAGAUCAAAGAGCUCCAACCCCCUGUGCCACAGACGUCAUCGUAAGGAUCAACCCCGUCCCCCACCAUCCAAUCUUUGACAAGUCUCGGCCGUGUGUAUCAUAAUCUAAAUUAUCAUACAUGUAGAACUUUAUACUGGGCAAGCUGUGCUGAUGAUUUUAUGAUAAGUGUAAUCUUUUUGUGAUCGGAAGGUCAAAUGUCAAACUCCUUCCCGAAGGACAAAGUAGCUGCACUUACGCUCAUCAAGCUCAUCGCAAUUUUACAAACUAAUUUUUUUCUCUGAAUUAGCUACGCAUGAAAGUGGUCUUGAGUUACAUAUACAUCCAUCUUGGACUGAGCCAGACAUGCUAUGUGAUAGCAGUUGAACAGAGGAGACGGCUAAGUGACAAAGCAAGUGCCCCUGAGCAUAAUUUUGCCCACCAUCAAAACAAUAUAUAUUAUUGCUGAUUUUUGCUUGGUAUCGUAGUUUGAAAUUGUGAAUAGGUGUCCAGCAAUCUUCUUUGAUGUGUUGACACGUUGGCUUCAAAUAACAAAUAAAGAAAAUGAUUAACUGGGAAUUCACCUUGGGUGAAGCUGCAUUACAUAUCUCACUGACAUAAAAAAAUAUAACAAUUUGGUUGGUCGUUUUUUUAAGCACGAGUAACUCAAAACCAAAAGAUUGAUGUCCUUCACAGGCAGCGCUCCAUACAAGGAAGUGAGGACUGUGUAUUAUGGUGAUGAAAUCCCAUGUUAUGUGUAAUGACCGAACGUCCUCACUCUGACCAAGUUAUAAGAAUACACCCCAAGGAGUGGGAAAUGUGCAUAUUGCAUAUGAAUUAUUUUUUACUGGGCUUAUUUAAAUUCACAAUAUUAUUUAUAGUUUGAAA